AAAGUCUUCUCCUGUGAAACCGGCGCCCAUUCGGCCUUUGGACAGCAUGGGCGCCUGCAGUGGUCACGCGCUCGCGAUGGAAGACACGUAUACGCUCGAGCCCAACGGGCUCAUCGGACGCGGCGCGCAUUCCAAGGUCCUGCGAGCAACGCACAAGGCAACCGGCGAGGCCGUCGCCGUCAAGAUGCUCUUUGCCAGCACAACGCUCGAGCGCGCCGCGUGGGAGGCCGAGGUGCGGCUCAUGAAGCAGCUCGACCCGCACCCCAACAUCAUUCGUCUCUUCGAGACGUACGAGGCGGAGGAGUAUGUCUGCCUCGUCAUGGAGCUUGCCGACGGUGGCGAGCUCUUCCAGAUGCUCGUGCGGGACGGUGCCUACUCGGAGGCAAUUGCGCAGCAGUAUGUGCGCGACAUCUUGACCGCACUGGAGUACCUCCACGAGAAGGGCAUCGUUCACCGGGAUCUCAAGCCGGAGAAUUUACUCCUCACGUCCAAGCACGCUGGCCGCGCCCAUGUCAAAGUGGCCGACUUUAGCAUGGCUGCCAUCGUCACCAGCAAGCGGCUCGCGGCCAAAGACGGUCUGACGUGGGCGUAUUGCGCACCAGAGAUUCUCGACGACGACGGCAGUGCGACCAACUACGACGGGAAGAGCGACAUGUGGAGCCUCGGUGUCAUUUUGUACAUCAUCCUCUCCGCGGUGCACCCAUUCGACCCGGACGGGCGCCACGGCAAAGACAACAUCGUCGCGGCCAUCCGGCACGGCGAGUUCAACAUGAACGGGGAGGUGUGGCGCGACAUUUCUGAUGAAGCCAAAGACCUCGUUGCGAAGCUGCUCACAAAGGAGCCAUCCGCACGCAUCUCGGCGACCCAUGCACUCGGCCACCCGUGGCUUUCCAAAACCGACUUGUCGUCACUUCCGCUCCAGUGCUCGUUGCGCGGCAGCCUCACGGCGUACCUCAAGGCCAUGCACCAGCGCUUCCGCGUGAGUGUGAUUGCGACGAUUGCGGCGGCGCGGCUCGCAAGCGCCAAGGCUGCCCCCGUCGACGUGCGCGAUGUCAUUGUUGCGCAAGCCGACGAAAGCGGCGACGAGCCAAGCGCCGGUGCCGCGCUCACCGCGUCCAUCUCGCAGUCGAGCGUGUCAUUCAACGCCGCGACCCCCCCGCACGGCCAGUCGUAGCCCUGGUCGUAGCCACCCCAUUAUUGUCAUCUAUGCAUGCUUUCGAAUCGAUAUAAUGCGAUCUAGAGUUAUAUAGUCCACAUUUUCAGCAAA